AUGCCAAACCAAGAGUUGAACUCGAUCAAAGAUUUUCUUUUGAAGACAAAUCCAUCUAAAAUCAACCAGGAAAAUAAAGAUGAUAUACUCGAGACAUACAUCAAUUAUUUCACCAUAGUCAAAAACGAGUUGCUUUAUAGUGCAUCUCUAACUGAUGAAGACCGACUAUUUCUCACGGACACGUUAUCAAUAAAUAUUUUAAGGUCGACUCAAACAAUAAAGAACAAGAAGCUGGACACUAGCACUUUUGAAAGCCGUUUACACACAGAAAUAUUUACCGAAGAAUUGAAUAACCAAAUAUUUAAUUAUGUUGUGAAUUUUUGGGCAGAAACUGGACCAGUUCAAAUGAACGCGCUUAGAGACUUAUUCGCUAAAUUUAUGGGUUUAAACAAAAUAAUACAGGAUGAUGCGUCAUUUCAGGAAAUGUGCCAUUGUUGGUUAAAAAAUAUAAGUAAAAUCCCAAAUACUUUGAAAGUACAAUAUUACUUAAUUGAAGCACUAUCCAACGAUAUCGAUUUAUUUGAGAUAAUGGAAGAUAAACCUGAUUUUUUCCAGACAUCUCUAUCAUUAAUGAAUCUGGAUUCACUAUCAACUCCCAUUAGUAAAUGUUUAGUUAGCAUGCUACUGAACAUAUUUAAAAUUCAUUUACAAAGUGAUAAAAGCAGGCUCAAUGAAUGGGUUAAUUUAUGGAAAGGAAGUUUACUAAAAUACUUAGGAAUAAAAGAGUAUUCAAAGAAUAUUACCAUAUACAUUUUGGAGCCAUUGCUUAAAAGUAUGCCAAAAGAAGCGUUUAGCAUUUUGGUAGAUUCUGGCUUUGAAAAUAAUAAUCAGUUAUUGUUAUCAGUGAUAAGAUUAGGCCAAGAGUUAAAUAUCAUAGAAGAUCCAUUCUUACGCAAUGAGAUGAUUGCUAUGAGCACAUUGGAGGAUCUACUGAAAACAAAUGCUCAGAAACUUCUUACAUUUCAAGUUUUAAUCUAUUCGAAAAAAUCCUCAAAACCUAUUGAUCCUAGAAUAUAUCAUUUAGUUCUGCAGUCAAUGAAUUCGUUCUUUUUGGAAGUUGAUGUUGGAAUGAGAAAUUAUUUCUGGAGUUCUUUCAAAGGCCUUUUACUGAGAGUGAGAGAUUCUACUUAUGCGUUACAUAGAGACGCGAAUAAACUACAGAAGGCUAAUAAAUUUCCAGAAGAGGUGCAGCAGAAAUUAUCAACUGUUACGUUGGCAAGAGAAUUCCUUUCUAAAGUGUAUGAAAUUGUAAUUUUCCAUCUAUUACCAGGCUCCUCGUACCAAUCUCACCAUUUAGGGCUUAAAUUUCUGAGAUUAUUUCUAGAGUUAGGCAUUGAUAAAAAGGCAACUAAUUUGAUAAUUGAACUUCAAGAUGAUAGAGAAUUUCCUUUUUCACUCGAUAUUGUAGAUGAUAAACAUUUGCAAGAUACAUUACUGAGCCUUCUGAUAAGUAAGUUUCCUGAUAUACGUGAAAGUUCCAGAAAAUUGUUAGAACUGAUGAAUAAACCACAGAACUCCAAACUGGAACUUAAUGAAAGUAUGAAAAAUGAUAUUGAAAUUCAAGCCGCUAUAUAUCUUGAUCUAUAUCAGCAUUGUGAAUUGGGUGCAUCUUUACACCAAUAUUCAUAUAUGAUAUGCAAUGAUAAAGGAAAAUACAUGGAUAGUUUCAUUCUAAAAAUAAAAAGAAUGCUUUCCAUACAUGAUUAUAAUAAAUCAGAGUUUAUCAGACAGCCUAUUGGAGGAUAUUUCUUGGGUCUCUCUUCCUUGAUGAAACAGUAUUUUCUGCUACAUAAGAACAAAAAUGAUAAUCAAUACUUCGAAACUUGUUUCGAUCUAGUAUGCACAAACUGGUCAUAUAUGAAAGAAAUCUCGAGCUAUAAUUCAUCAAAUGACAUAUUACCUGAGAGUUAUAGAAAUUGUGGGGUUAAGGAUAGCAUUAUUACGACUCAAGCAUUUCGAGCUAUUAAAGAGGCUUCGGGACUUCUAGAAAUUCUCAUGGAAAGUUGUGAAUUAGAUGCAGAUAAUAUUAGCUCAAUUGGGGAUAUUUUGAUUGAUCAGCUUUUUACUGUAAGACAUAGUGGUGCAUUUCAAGCAGUUCUUCCUGCGUUUAAACUAUGUACAGCCAUGGCAAAGAAAAAAGUACCUCUACUGUUAAAUGAAUGGUUAGAUAAAUCAAUUGAUAUGGUUGAGACUAAGACUCAGCAUAUAACUAGAAGAUCUGGGGGAAUUCCCUUUAUUGUUUCUAUUAUCCUUGGUACAUCAGCUGACAAGUCAAUGUUGGAUCUGGCAUUUAAGCGGCUAGUAAAUAUUGCGAUUGAACCGAUUACCGAAUUUCAAGAUGUUAUAGAUCAUCCACAAGUUAACGCAUUCAAUUGUAUAAAAUCGUUAUUCACAGAAGCAAAAUUGGCAACCAUAAUCUUAUCCCAUGUCUCAAAAUCUUUAGAGUUGUGCCUCAUGUCAUUUACUUCAUCAAUAUGGGCAAUUCGUAAUUGUUCUAUGAUGUUAUUUACUGCAAUUCAAAAUAGGGUUUUUGGGAAAUCCGGAAAAGAUUAUCCAGCAAGACUUUUUUUUAACCGUUUUGUUGAUGUAGAUAAAUUACUUUUGGAGUCUUUGAAUAAAACCACAACUGCUAUCCAUACUCAUAGCAUUUUGUCAGACAGGCACAUUGAAGUUUUGUAUUUAAUUGUAACAUUAUUGUCAAGGCUUGAAUCAACUCCAGGUUAUACUGGGUUGGCAGACUUUAUCUCCUUACUGAAAAAUAAUAUAGAUUGUAAGGACUGGAAAGUACGGGACCUCAUUGCAAGAACAUUAGCCAAAUAUGAAUUUGAAAAUCUAUUAUCACAUGAGUUUUUGCUGGAAUGGGAUUGCUCUAAUCAAAAUAAUCUACAUGGUAAGUUACUCUUCACAAAAUACUGCUUACAGCAAGGAAUAAAUAAGAAUCUUGAACAAUUCAAAUUAAAAGAUAUUUGUGUUUUUCUGAUAUCGAAAUUGGACGAAACUAUUCUGCGGAAUAAAUGCUACAUUACAAUCAAAGAAUGUACUGAAAUUGUACUUCUACUUCUAGAGAGUAACAUGUUUGACAAAUCUGAGAUAGAUCAAAUGUGUAGCAUAUUUGGAAUGUUCUUGUGCAAUACUAUUGAAAAUCCAUCGCAAGACGGUACUAAACAACUUGCUUUGGCUGCCACAUUGCAAGUGCUACUACAAAUUGAGUCACAAGCAAAUAUACAGUGUAUACUUCAAUUGGUAUUGUUAAGCAACUGGUAUGAGUGUCACCUAAUUGCAAUGCAAUAUAUAAACAGUACCAUGGAUUUGUCAUUGUAUUCAGAUGAGAUGUAUUCUUCUGUUUGUACAAUUGCUAAAAAUAAUAAUAAUUUGCCAGAGGUAAGAAAACUGGCAUUGAAAACAGCGGUUUAUUUGAACUUUGAUAAGUCACUACAACUUAUACUUAGUGUAUUCGAAAACAACAGGGUUGAAAGUUUGAGAACUCAAUCCAUUGAACAAAUAGGUAAUUAUAUUACUGCGGAAAUUUUUGAAAAAUGGUGGCCAUUGCUCCAGGACAUGUUUCUGGAUAAUCAAAUUGAGGACAUAAGACUGUCAGCUCUGAGAUCUGUUAUAAACGCUCCGCAGUUGCUAGACCACCCAAAAGUUGUGUUUAGAAUGCUAUUGACAUUAAACGACGAUGAUGAGGAUAUUAGAUUAGAAUGUGCACAUUUCAUUAAUAGAGCCUUAUUAGCUGAAAAUGAUAUUCAAUUUGAUACCGCUCCUUAUCACACAGCUAUCAGCGUUAUGCAUCGUGGGAAAAUUGAUGCAAAGUCCACCCAUCAGCUGGCAAAAAUCGUAAUGGAUUCGAUUAUCAAUGAUAUGAACAAAUUUAAUAAUAUGGAAAAUACAUCCACAAUAGGUGAUCAUUUAUUUGAUAAAGAAGAGGAUAAUAUCUUCAGGAAUAGGGUCCUUGAAAAUAUGAUCAUGGUUAAAAUUAUUGCUUGUAAUGCGGACAAUGAAUUAAGAGAGGCCAUAAAAACAUUCUUGAUCUCCUACUGUCCAAGCAUCAUAUCAAUAAUUGCAAAUUCGCACACAAGUGGAUCUUUAUUCCAUUGGGUUACUCACAUCGAUCACUUCACCAAAAUUUACACUACAAGACUAUUGCUUAGCGAAUUUUGUCCUGAAGAUGUAUCUGCGUUUGAUUCAGCUUUAAUCAAACUUGGUAUACCACAUAAUACUAUAUUCACCAUGAAAAAUAUUAUAGUAUAA